AUGGGCAACUGUGUAACUUCCGAAGACUCGAACAACUUCAUAUCCAGUUCCAAAGACUCGUACUGCGACAACAAUCGCUCGCCUAACUCAAAGUUAGACAACUCUCAUCGGAACUUGCUCUCCCCGCCGAGUGCGAAUGCUAAAACAUCAGCAGCGGUUGCCAAUCUUGAGGCGGCGCCAGCUAAUGCAAAAGCAUCCGCUGGAGCAGCAGCCCAAAAGUUUCCAAACAAGAUAGUCAUCGCACUGUACAACUACUUUGCAAACGAUGAGGGUGAUCUCAGCUUCCGCAAGGGCGAUCGCCUCCAAAUCAUGGACGACAGUGACCCUGACUGGUGGCUCGCAAAGCAUCUUACCUCAAACCAAAAGGGCUAUAUUCCUAUGAACUAUGUCGUCUCUGAGGUCAUCGAAAUGGAAGAGUGGUUUUUCGGCAAAAUCUCCAGGAGAGAGGCAGAAAAACUACUCCUCUGUAGUAGUAAUGCUCGUGGAACCUUUCUUAUUCGGUACAGCGAGCAGACAGCAGGCGCCUAUUCAUUAUCAAUCAAAGACGUCGAUCCUCAAAAACGCGAACAUGUGAAGCACUACAAAAUCAAAGCCAUGGAUAACGGCGGCUUCUAUGUGACCACCAGAAAAACGUUCACCUCGCUACAAGAACUGGUGUCGUACUACUCGGAAGGCUCCAACGGCCUCUGUCACAUUCUCACGCGUGCCUGUCCCAAGGCAAAGCCCUACCUGUGGCCAUCGAAAAAGGACGAAAUCGAAAGAGAUGACCUGCAGUUUAUGAGAGAGCUGGGCGGCGGCAACUUUGGCAAAGUUUUCCAUGGAACGUAUCGUGGUCAAGUCGAAGUGGCCAUUAAAAUGCUGAAAACGGGGACCAUGUCGCCGCAGGCUUUUCUAGAGGAGGCAGCUAUCAUGAGAAAGUGCCGUCAUGAUAAGCUGGUGCCGCUCUUUGGCGUCUGUUCUCAGGGCGAGCCACUGUUGAUCAUCACCGAGUACAUGUGUAAUGGCAGCUUGUUGGACUUUCUGCGAAAACGAGAAGGAAAGCAGCUAAAGAUUAACGACCUGCUGGACAUGGCGGCGCAGAUUGCCAGUGGAAUGGCAUUUCUGGAAAGUCAAAAACUGAUUCAUCGCGAUCUUGCCGCGCGAAAUAUUCUCGUCGGCAAGAAUCGAGUCGUGAAGGUGGCCGACUUUGGCCUGGCCAGGGUCAUCGAGGACUCGGAGUACACUGCCCGGCAAGGAGCCAAGUUUCCCAUCAAGUGGACGGCACCUGAG